AUGUUGAAAAUAUUUCAGGUUCUACAGAAAAUUACCUGUAUUCCGAUAAAUAAUUCGAUUGGAGAAAAGCCAAGUAUACAAUGUGAUCCGGAUAGUAUAUCAAUCAUUUUUUCAACAUUGAAGCCUUUUUUCGGUCGAACAUUUGUUAAAGGUUAUAUUCAAGACAACAAUUGCAUUCAGAUUGGAAAUCGUCAUGAAAAACAUAAAUUUACAAUAAAAUUCAAUCAAUGCGGGUUACGUCGUUCACGAGAGUACAAUGGUAUUCGAAUUACAACAACGGUCAUUAUAUCCUUUCAUCCGAUUUUCUUGACCAAAGUAGAUCGAGCAUAUCGACUCAAUUGCUUUUACGUGGAAUCAUCAAAGACAAUUACUCAACAAUUAGAAAUUAGCAUGUUGACAACAGAAGAGCUAUAUCAUCAGACGCAAAUGCCAAUCUGCAGGUAUGAAAUUCUUGGUGGUGGUGCUACAGGUGUACAGAUACGAUAUGCAAAAGUUGGUGAUAGUGUAUAUCAUCGAUGGACAUGUGUAGCUGAGACUAAAGGUCUUUAUUGUAUGAGAGUGCAUACAUGUACUGUAAGUGAUGGACAAGGUGGUGAAGCGGUAGCUGUCCUUGAUAAAAAAGGAUGUUCAGUUGAUAAGUAUUUACUGCUAGAUUUGGAAUAUAUCGAUGAUCUAACAGCUGGACAAGAAUCACAUGUUUUCAAAUUUGCUGAUCGUCCAGCACUUUAUUUUAACUGUCAAUUAGAAUUGACAAUUAAAGAUCGCUAUCGUGGAUGUGCAAAUGAGCGACCAGUUUGCAAAGGUCAAAUUCGAGUGGAACCAUCGGAACAAACUUACGAACAACAAAUUGGUGCUGCAGAGGAAGAAACACAAACAUCCGUCUAUGAAGGCAAUGGCAAACAGCAAAGUUAUUCAAAUCCAACUGAUAUGGAUUACAAAAGCAAUGAGUCACCGUAUCAGAGUAAUGAAGUGAUUUAUACCUCACAACCUGGUCCACCAGCUCCUCCAACUCAAUCAUCUGAUUUAUCACAUUUUCAAUUUUCUCCAAAAUCAGCCUACUUUACUGAUAAUAAUUAUGAAGAUAUCACUACUGCACCACAUGCAGAAGAAUACGGUCAAUCGAUUGCACAAGAAACGACAUCGUUGUAUGAGGAAGGAAUUGCUUAUAGGCGAUUGAUCAGAAGGAAACGAAAUUCAAGUAUUCAAAUUUUGUAUACUAAUCAACAUUUUUCAUCCACUUCUACAAGUUUAUUGCGGCCAACGUUACGUGUUGCUAAUGUUGACCUUCCGGAGCAAUGCAUAAUAGUAUUUGACCUCGAAGAUGAAAAUAAUGAAGAGAAGCAAUCAGAAAAUUCGGAUCGAUUAUUUGAUCCAUUGAAAACUUCUAGAACAUGUUUCUCAACAACUCGAUUAACAAUGUUAUCAGCUAUCGCUAUGAUAACGUUUGUUAUCUUUAUCUUAGCAUUCUCUAUUGUAUUACGAAGAGGAAGGAUAUAUAUCGAUAAUGAUUUAAUCAAAUAA